AUGGCCACUUUGAAACAAGAGAAGAGCCUUGCUAUUCCCAAGCUCGCCCAGGAUCUGAUUGCUGGUACUAUCGGUGGUUGGGCACAAGUGAUUGUUGGCCAUCCUCCCGACACCAUCAAGGUUCGUUUGCAGACACAACCUACUCCUCCCAUUUACUCCGGUGCUAUGGAUUGUGUUCGCAAGCUCAUCAAGGAAGAAGGUCCCAAGGGUCUUUACAGAGGUGUCAUGUCUCCAUUAGCUGGCAUUGGUUUUUGUAAUGCUGUCAUGUUUACCGCUAAUGGUUGGUCCAGACGUAUGUUGCAGAAUGGAGAUGAGAAGAGAGUAUUGUCUAUUUUUGAAAUUGGUGUUGCUGGAUCAAUGGCUGGCUCUGUUAUGGCCUUCCUCAAUUGUCCCAUUGAACUAUUGAAGGUUAAAUUACAAACUCAGGAUCCUAGAGGAUUUGUUAAUGCAAGUGGAAAGCAUGAACCUGCUUAUAAAGGUGUUAUUGAUUGUGGUAUCCGAACUGUCCGCGCCCAAGGUUUUAGUGGCAUUUAUCGUGGCAUGGGCGUUACCUUGAUGAGGGAUACUCCCAGUUACUUUGCUUACUUUGUCGGUUAUGAGGGGUUGAAACGUUUGUUCCAAUCCAUGAAGAAGGACGGCCAAGAGUUGGGUACAUUUGAACUGCUUAUGGCAGGUGGUUUAUCCGGCUUUGCUGCUUGGGUUCCUGCCUAUCCUCAAGAUGUCAUCAAGAGUAACUAUCAGAAUGAUCUUCGAUACAAAUCAAUUGGCCAAGUUGUCAAGACAUUGUACAGAACUGGUGGGCCCAAAGCCUUCCUCAAUGGUUUGGGGCCUACACUAGUCAGAGCCUUCCCAGCCAAUGCCGCAACUUUCUUUGCUUACGAGAUGGCGAUGGAUUGCAUGAAAAGCCUUUAG